AAAGAGGUGUUUGACUAACGCUGCAGCGAUAUGCUUCCGCCGCAAGGUAAAGAGUCCCAACCCAACCCCGGGCCCUAGGAUUUCCAGCGACCCUAUAAUAUCGAGAAAUUACCACAUUUGGAUUUUCCAACCGACUUGAUUAGGAUUUUAUCCGAGGUAACGACCCCAGGAUCACAAUUUUGUGGCUGACCGAAGCACGGCGAGAAAAUUCCUCCGCAAGAAACGCGUUCCGGCCACGAGCCUAUAAAAAACGGGUGGCGGGGCGCUGCUGUCUUUUCAGUCGGGCGCUGAGUGGUUUUUCGGAUCAUGUCUGGUGGCUCCGCGGAUUAUAACAGAGAACAUGGCGGCCCAGAGGGAAUGGACCCCGAUGGUGUCAUCGAGAGCAACUGGAAUGAGAUUGUUGAUAACUUUGAUGAUAUGAAUUUAAAGGAGUCUCUUCUUCGUGGCAUCUAUGCUUACGGUUUUGAGAAGCCUUCCGCUAUUCAGCAGAGAGCUAUUAUUCCCUGUAUUAAAGGGUAUGAUGUGAUUGCUCAAGCUCAGUCAGGUACUGGCAAGACAGCCACAUUUGCUAUUUCCAUCCUGCAACAGUUGGAGAUUGAGUUCAAGGAGACCCAAGCACUAGUAUUGGCCCCCACCAGAGAACUGGCUCAACAGAUCCAAAAGGUAAUUCUGGCACUUGGAGACUAUAUGGGAGCAACUUGUCAUGCCUGCAUUGGUGGAACAAAUGUUCGAAAUGAAAUGCAAAAACUGCAGGCCGAAGCACCACAUAUUGUUGUUGGUACACCUGGGAGAGUUUUUGAUAUGUUAAACAGAAGAUAUCUUUCUCCAAAAUGGAUCAAAAUGUUUGUUUUGGAUGAAGCAGACGAAAUGUUGAGCCGUGGGUUUAAGGAUCAAAUCUAUGAGAUUUUCCAAAAACUAAACACAAGUAUUCAGGUUGUGUUGCUUUCUGCCACGAUGCCAACUGAUGUGUUGGAAGUGACCAAAAAAUUCAUGAGAGAUCCAAUUCGAAUUCUGGUGAAAAAGGAAGAAUUGACCCUUGAAGGAAUCAAACAGUUUUAUAUUAAUGUUGAGAGAGAGGAAUGGAAGUUGGAUACACUUUGUGACUUGUACGAGACACUGACCAUUACGCAAGCUGUUAUUUUUCUCAAUACAAGGCGCAAGGUGGACUGGCUGACUGAGAAAAUGCAUGCCAGAGACUUCACAGUUUCUGCUCUGCAUGGUGACAUGGACCAGAAGGAGAGAGAUGUUAUCAUGAGGGAAUUCCGGUCAGGAUCAAGUCGUGUUCUGAUCACUACUGACUUGUUGGCUCGCGGGAUUGAUGUGCAACAAGUGUCUUUGGUUAUAAAUUAUGAUCUACCUACCAAUCGUGAAAACUAUAUUCACAGAAUUGGCAGAGGGGGUCGAUUUGGGAGGAAAGGUGUGGCUAUAAACUUUGUUACUGAAGAAGACAAGAGGAUUCUUCGUGACAUUGAGACUUUCUACAAUACUACAGUGGAGGAGAUGCCCAUGAAUGUGGCUGACCUUAUUUAAUUCCUGGGAUGAGAGUUUUGGAUGCAGUGCUCGCUGUUGCUGAAUAGGCGAUCACAACGUGCAUUGUGCUUCUUUCUUUGGGAAUAUUUGAAUCUUGUCUCAAUGCUCAUAACGGAUCAGAAAUACAGAUUUUGAUAGCAAAGCGACAUUAGUCGUGAGCUCUUGUGAGGAAAGUCAUUGGCUUUAUCCUCUUUAGAGUUAGACUGUUGGGGUGGGUAUAAAAGAUGGGGUCUGUAAAAUCUUUCUUUCUUAGAAAUUUAUUUCCUAGUUCUGUAGAAAUGGUUGUAUUAGAUGUUCUCUAUCAUUUAAUAAUAUACUUGUGGACUAAAAGAUAUAAGUGCUGUAUAAAAUCAGCCAAUUAUGUUAAACUAGCAUAUCUGCCUUUAUUGUGUUAUUAGCCUGAGUAGAAAGGCCUUUAAAAUUUUUUUAGAAAGCAUUUGAAUGCAUUUUGUUUGGUAUUGUAUUUAUUCAAUAAAGUAUUUAAUUAGUGCUAAGUGUGAACUGGACCCUGUUGCUAAGCCCCAGCAAGCAAUCAUCCUAGGUAGGGUUUAAUCCCCAGUAAAAUUGCCAUAUUGCACAUGUCUUAAUGAAGUUUGAAUGUUAAAUAAAUUGUAUAUUCACUUUAAA